CCGCAGUGAGCGUGCCGCGAGCUCUCGCAAAAGAAGUGCGUCAAGUGUGCAAAUCCCUCGUCGACGGUCUUUUUCUCUCCCGACUACUGCGGUGUCAGCGACGAGAUGAGGCGGUCGCGGAGCCGCAGGCCGCUGCGCAGGGCGUCCUCCCCGCACCCGCGAGCGCAAACGCCGCCAAUGGCGCAGCUCAGCAAAGCUGCUACGUCACCAUCCCUGUGCUCCGAGCCCGACUCGCGGCCCGAGUUGCUGCAUCCAUCGGACUCAACGCUAACGCCACAUUCUUCGUGGUACGAGACCGAGGCAUAUCUCGACGAAUUCCACAAGUGGCCGGUGGAGAGUGCAUUCGAGUCGCUGCAGCCACACGACGACUCGAGCAACGGCGGGCGAGAGCUCCGGUCACGCAGCACGCAGACAGAGCUGGGAUCCAGGCCGAGCGAGCCCGCCAGCGGCGUCGCGCUUGGGGCGCUGAGCGACGAGCACGUCGAAGAAGAGUCGUGGUUCGACUUCCGGAGGCUGCUGGGAACCCAUCGGAACCCAAAAUCGUUCCUGGUUUCGAUGGCUGUGCUGGCCGCUGUGCUCUUCACUCUGGCCACCAUCGCAGCACUUUCUGGAAAAGCGGGUACGGGCGAGAAAGAGAACAACCUGGAGCUGCUUCACGAUUCCUUCGAGAACGAGCAGGUGGCAGCGCACGAGGAAGUCGAGGUGACGGCGCCCACAACAGCUCGUAGGGCGGCUACUGUCGUGCGCCGACGGAGGCCUGCGACCGUAAUGCUCGUCACUCGAAAGCCAGCGGUCAAAGCACGCAAGGUGGCCAGAGCGACGCGUCGACGGCCGAAGAGCAGGAGGCGCAGGCGCGGCACGCCAUCUUCAACGAGCCGGCCGUCGAGCACCUCAAAGCGGAAGAAGAGGCGGCGCCACUCACCGGCAGCCAAGGUCCGACGGCCCAGUACGCAGAUUCUUGUCAGUCGCCAUCACGUCACGUCCAAGAGACCGCGGAAGAGAGUGACUGUAAAUGCCCCCCGUGGUUCCAUCAAAGAGCAACGCGACGAGAAUGUGGUAGCUGCGAUAACAGCUGAUUACGAUCUGACUGCCGGUCUGAAGCCUCGAACGUCGUCCAUGGCAUCGCGGCCAAAAACAUCCCGGAGGAUUUCGUCCGCGGUGUCCACCCUGGACAAAGACGACGACACUGUGUAGGAGCGUGUGCUACGUCCGUGCCGUUGCAGCGUCGCAUUAAAGACUUCUCA